AGAAAGAGAGAGGGCGCUGGAGGGAAACAGCUUCACAUUUUCACCGCUCACUUUUAGAUCCUGCGCCGUACGGUUUCUGUAUACGCGCUCCAAAGUAGUUUGCGCCUCUUCUGUGCAAACGAGGCCCUAUUUUAGUCCAAUAUCGUGAGUUGUAGCGGGAAAAGCUCAUUCAGCCAUGCUCCGGAGAUGUUUGAUACCACCACCAUGGCACCACCGCUGCACCGGACUACUCCAAACCGGGAAAAGGAGACUGAUCCCGGCUAUGAAGACCCAAACCCCCGUGGUGACAUUGCUGUGUCAAAACGCGUCCACAACCACCUCUGUAAUGGGAAACAACUCAAAACAGAAGACUGUUGACGACUUAACCGGACCUUCCUUUAUGAACACGUUAUAUUGGCUGUUCGUAAAGGGAUAUUUUCAACAUAUGCACCUAUUCCAGAUUGAGCAAAGUAAGAUCUGGGGUCCUUUAUGGAAGUCCAGCUUUGGUCCUCUGAGUUUGGUGAAUGUGGCAAGUCCAGAGCUGAUAGAGCAGGUUCUGAGACAGGAUGGACAGAACCCUGUACGAACAGAUAUGCCCCACUGGAGGAGCUACAGAGAGCUGAGGAACAAGGCCUAUGGACCGCUGACCGAGAUGGGGGAAAAAUGGCAUCACAUUCGCACUAUUCUGAACCCACGACUGUUAAAGCCCAAACAUGUGUCCUCCUACACAGACACCAUAAAUGAAGUGGUGACAGACUUCAUUCACAGAAUGUCAUGGCUCAGAGACACCAGCAGGGGGCAGGAGCCAGUGGUCCACAAUCUCGUUGAUGAGCUCUACAAGUUUGCUUUUGAAGGCAUUUGCUCGGUGCUGUUUGAGACUAGAAUGGGGUGUAUAGAGGAGAACAUCCCAGAGGAGACCCAGCACUUUAUCUUCUCUGUGGGCGAGAUGCUUCGACUGUCACACGUGGUCAUGAUCUUCCCCCGCCCCCUCUGGCCCUACCUGCCUCCCUACAAGAAGUUUGUGGCCGCAUGGGACCACCUCUUCAAAGUCGCUGAGGAGCUAAUUCAAAAGAAAAUUAAAGAGAUAGAGCAUAAAGUGGAUUUGGACCAGAACAUAGAUGGAGCUUAUCUGACCCACCUGCUGCUCAGUGAGAAAAUGACAGUCGAGGAGAUACUGGGCAGCGUCACUGAGCUGCUGCUGGCCGGAGUCGACACAACGUCCAACACUAUGUGCUGGACCCUGUACCAUUUGGCCCGAGAGCCAGAGAUCCAGAAGCAGCUGUAUCAGGAGGUGAGCCACAUUUGCCCUGGAGGCCGAACACCCACCAUUGACGACACGGCUCAGAUGCCCUUUAUGAAGGCCGUCGUCAAGGAGACACUACGGAUGUAUCCCAGCAUCCCCAGUAAUGCCCGUAUCUCAAUGGACAAAGAAAUCAUUGUCGGAGAUUAUCUGUUCCCAAAAAAUACACUGUUCCACCUGUGUCACUUCGCUGCCUCCCAUGAUGAGCGCGUCUUCCCCAGCCCUCGUUCCUUCCAGCCCCAGCGAUGGCUCCGCGGCUCAGAGCAGAAGUCCCAGAUGCACCCGUUUGGAUCAAUCCCGUUUGGGUUUGGGACCAGGGGGUGUCUGGGGAGACGGGUCGCUGAGCUGGAGAUGCACCUGCUGCUCACCAGGUUGAUCCAGCGAUUUGAGCUCAGACCAGACCCUGUUGGCUCAGAGGUGAAGCCCAUCACCAGAACCCUGCUCUGCCCUGAAAAAGACAUCAGUCUGCAGUUCAUAGACCGGACACUAGGAGCAGCAAAUAGCCACAUCAGAUAGACACAAGAUAUUGUUUCCACUCACUCCACUGAUUACAUCUAUGAGGACGUAAAGGUGUACUAUGGAACUUUUUGCUUAACAAACAAAAACAUCUGUAACUGAAUCAAAGCAAAAUAAAUACAGUAACUCUAAUGCCCCACUGUGGGACAUUCCAGGCAAAGCAAUCACAUCUCAUUUGAAAAAAGGUGGCAAUCUUUCACUAAAUUUGAAGUAGCAGUGUAAGAAACACAAAUCUUCAAAUCAUUUCAUACUGUCAACUGUCUUACUGUCACCUGUAGACUUACAGUGGGAAGAGUAACCAAAGCUUUUACUCACUGUUACUUCAAUAAAAAUAUUACUAAAGUGGAGUAAAAGUAUUCUGAUAAAUAUAAUUUCUUUAAAAGAAGUACUACCCACCUCCGUGCCUACACCACGUCCAAACAGUUUGCUAUGUAAGCCUGUUCAAUUCACUUUUCAAACCAAUAUGAUUCACCAUUUUAUGUAAUAAAUUAUUAUGUAAAUAAUAAAGUAUUUUUGAAAUAGCUUUAAAUGACCUAAAUCAUCCAAACUAGUUUUAAUAAGCACUAACCAAACUGUCACCUAACCAUAAAGCCUUACUGUUAGUUUAUCAAAUUGUUUUACUGUCAUUUUAAGUAAUAUGCACACAAAAAAUGUAAUUGUGAUUUUUUUACAUUUUUAUUUUUUUAGAUUGAUAUAUUUUGUUUGAAUGAAAUGUCCUACUUUGCUAACUACUUUAAGUAAUCAGUUGCUUUAUAUGCAUUUCACAGAUUAUAUUUUCAGUUUGAGAUAUAUUUCAAUAUAGCCAGAUAAUGGACAAUGCCACUAAAAUAAAUGAUUAGAUUC